CUUAAAUGUCUGUAAUGGCGCAUGCUUUGUGAUGCGCUAUGGUGUCAUAAACAUCCAUAUUAACACUAAAGUGUGCAAUAAACUCGAUAGAUGUUAUUUUGAGUAGUUAAUGCAGACCACAUUCAUGAUAGUUUUUGCUACUUUUCAUAGAAAUCUGGAUUACAAAUUGAAAACACCUGCCAUUCUUGUUACGUUUUACAUCUUCAGACCGGCAACUUUCGAUUAAAACUAACUUUAUCGAGCAAAAAGGUACUUUGAAAUAUUUUUGUGGGUUUACGAUGGCACAACAGGCCGUGGACUCGAUGAAGGCGUCAACCUUAUUUGACAAGAUGAAUAAAGGUGACGGAGAAGCAGUGGCUGUCAAAUCAAAACCAAAAUCAGCUGCCAAAGAAAACAUGGAUGAAUUCUUUGUGCCGGGAGGAGAUGAUGACCAUGGGGGGAAGCCAAAGAAAAAGAAGAUGUCCAUCGAGAGAAUAUACCAGAAAAAAUCCCAGCUAGAGCACAUUCUUCUUAGACCUGAUACAUACAUCGGCUCCGUUGAAUCUGUGACACAACCAAUGUGGGUGUUAAAUGAUGACCAUACCAUGAUGGUGCAGAGGGACAUUACCUACGUGCCUGGACUCUACAAGAUCUUUGAUGAAAUACUUGUGAAUGCCUCAGACAACAGACAGCGAGAUCCAACUAUGAACUGCAUCAAGAUUGACAUCGACCCGGAGAGUAACAAGGUUCGGAUCUGGAACAAUGGGCGAGGUAUUCCAGUCGUUGAACACAAGGAACAUAAAAUGUUCGUGCCAACGAUGAUCUUCGGGCAUCUGCUGACAUCAAGUAACUACGAUGACACGGAGAAGAAAGUCACCGGUGGCCGCAAUGGUUAUGGUGCCAAGCUGUGCAAUAUCUUCAGUAACAAGUUCAUUGUUGAGACUUCUUAUAAGGAAUACGGGAAGUCUUUCAAACAGACAUGGACUGACAACAUGGGUAAUACUAAAAGCCCCACCAUCAACGACUCCAAAGAUAGCGAUUUCACCGCCAUCACAUUUUACCCUGAUCUGACCAAGUUUGGCAUGACUACUCUGGAUAAAGACAUCGUUGACCUGUUCACAAGGCGAGCCUUUGAUAUAGCAGCUGCGGGAAAGAACGUCAAAGUCAUGUUAAAUGGGAAGAGAGUUCCAGUAAAAUCCUUCAAGGAUUAUGUGGACUUGUAUGUCAAAGACAAAAUUGACGACAACGGAGCGCCCCUCAAGGUCGUUCACGAUGUUGUUAAUGAACGCUGGGAGGUGGCUGUGUGUCUCAGUGAUAAAGGAUUCCAACAGGCCAGCUUUGUGAACAGCAUUGCUACCACCAAGGGUGGCCGACAUGUUGACCAUGUAGCAGAACAAGUGGUCAAGAAACUGAUGGACACAAUCUCCAAGAAGAACAAGGGAGGUGUGGCUAUCAAACCAUUUCAGGUGAAGAACCACAUGUGGGUGUUUGUGAACUGCCUGAUCGAAAACCCGUCCUUUGACUCACAGACAAAGGAAAACAUGACAUUACAGGCAAAAUCCUUUGGCUCCAAAUGCAGUCUCACUGAUAAAUUCAUUCAACAGGUCAGCAAAUGUGGCAUCGUAGAGAGUAUCACAUCUUGGAUGAAGUUCAAAGCCCAGGCCCAGCUGAAUAAAAAAGUGGGUGGAUCCAAAACAAAUAAACUCAAGGGCAUCCCCAAACUGGAUGAUGCCAAUGAUGCUGGGACCAAAUUCUCUCGUGAUUGCACACUCAUCUUGACUGAGGGAGAUUCAGCCAAGACCUUGGCUGUGGCUGGUCUUGGAGUGGUGGGUAGAGACAAAUAUGGUGUGUUCCCACUGAGAGGUAAAGUGCUGAACGUGCGGGAAGCCUCACACAAACAGAUCCUUGAAAACGCUGAGAUCAACAAUGUUGUCAAGAUCAUGGGCCUUCAGUUCAAGCAGAAAUACGAGGACGAAGACUCCCUGAAGACCCUGAGAUAUGGCAAACUGAUGAUCAUGACUGAUCAGGAUCACGACGGCUCUCACAUCAAGGGCCUACUCAUCAACUUCAUGCAGCAUUUCUGGCCCAACCUGCUCAAGUGGAACAUUAUCAACCAGUUUAUCACCCCCAUUGUGAAGGUAACCAAAGGGAAAGAGGAGGUUGCCUUCUACAGCUUGCCGGAGUUUGAGGAGUGGAAAAGUGAGACCAGCAACUGGAAUACAUGGAAGAUAAAGUACUACAAAGGUCUUGGUACCAGCACCUCAAAAGAGGCAAAAGAGUACUUCAGUGACAUGGUGCGACACAAGAUUGAUUUCAAAUACAGCGGGACAGAAGAUGACGCUGCCAUCAACCUGGCCUUUAACAAGAAGAAAACUGAGGAGAGGAAAGAAUGGCUGUCCACUUGGAUGGAAGAGAAAAAACAAAGGACGGAGAUGGGGCUGCCCCAGCAUUACUUGUAUGGGAAGAACACACGCUGUGUCUCGUUCAACGACUUCAUCAACCGUGAACUCAUCUUGUUCUCAAACUCUGAUCUUGUUCGCUCAAUCCCGUCACUCGUGGACGGCCUGAAACCAGGCCAGCGCAAAGUGCUGUUCACGUGUUUCAAGAGGAACCUUGUCAAUAAAGAGAUAAAGGUUGCGCAGCUUGCUGGUUCUGUGGCGGAGAUGUCGGCCUACCACCACGGUGAGGUUUCCCUGAUGAACACGAUCAUCAACUUGGCCCAAAACUUUGUUGGCAGCAACAACAUCAACCUGCUGAUGCCCAUCGGACAGUUUGGCACGAGACUUCACGGCGGCAAAGAUGCCUCCAGCCCCAGAUAUAUCUUCACAAUGCUCAGCCCCGUAGCGAGAAACUUGUUUAAUGUUAAUGACGAAGCUCUGCUGGAACAGCAGUACGACGAUAAUCUCCGGAUUGAGCCGGAGUGGUAUUGUCCCAUCAUACCCAUGGUUCUUGUAAAUGGGGCUCAGGGUAUUGGUACAGGCUGGAGCACGUCCAUUCCGAAUUACGACGUGCGGGAGAUCGUGGCGAACGUGAAGCGCCUGUUGGACGGGGACGAGACAGAGCCAAUGUUGCCAAACUACAAGAACUUCAAAGGCUCUAUUGUUCAACUGAUCGAGAACAAAUAUGUUGUGAAUGGAGAAGUGUCGGUGAUAGACGACAAUACUGUGGAGAUUACUGAGCUUCCCGUGAAGAAGUGGACUCAGGAUUAUAAGGAAGAUGUCCUGGAACCAAUGCUGAACGGUACUGACAAGGUGCCAGCUCUUAUCACUGAUUACAAGGAGUACAACACAGACUCGACGGUGAAGUUUGUUGUGAAGAUGACCACAGAGAACCUCGCCAAGUCAGAGGAAGCGGGUCUACACAAGGUGUUCAAACUGCAGAAUACAAUCACCUCCAACUCUAUGGUGCUGUUUGACCACAACGGCUGCAUCAAGAGAUACAAUUCUGUGGACGAGAUCCUACGUGAGUUCUUCGACUUGCGUAUGGAUUUGUACAAGAAGCGUAAAGAUUACCUGGAAGGUAUGAUGGCGGCGGAAUCGCUCAAGUAUGACAACAUCGCUCGCUUCAUCCUGGAGAAGAUUGAAGGGACGCUGACUAUUGAGAACAAGAAGAAGAAGGAUCUGAUUGAGAUGUUGGUGCGCCGUGGUUACGACUCCGACCCUGUUAAAGCAUGGAAAGAGGUUCAAAACAAGGGCAAGGCAAUAGAGAAUGACCUGAACGACGCUAAGGAAGACACGGAGGAGGAGAGUGGACCAGACUACAAUUACAUUCUUGGCAUGCCCCUCUGGAACCUGACGAAGGAGAAGAAGGACGAGCUGCUCAACAAGAAGGAAGCGAAAGCUAAGGAGCUGUCAGCCCUGCGGAGGAAAUCACCCGGAGAUCUGUGGAAAGAUGACCUGGAACAAUUUUUAGAGGAGUUGGAUAAAGUGGAAACUAAAGAGAGAGAGGAUGAUAAUGCCGGACAAGCCAUCAAAGCCAAGCCUGCCAAAGGCAAGCGACCAAGACCAGUAAAGGUUGAAGUGCUUCCCUCCCCGUACGGGCGACGUGUGGAGCCCAAGUACGACUCCAUCAAGAAGAAGGCAGAUGCUGUUAAGAGGGGAAAGGAUCGCAAAGAUGCUGCUGCCAAGAACGGAAAGAUCCUUGACUUCAUGAAGAUGGAGGACGAUGAAGAGAGCAACAACGAACCCCUGUCAUUGGCCGAUCGCAUGAAAAUUAAGGGGAGCCCAGUGGACAUCAUGAGAAAGGCACCAGCUGAGAAAAAAUCAAAAGCCCCAAAAGAGCCCAAGGCACCUAAAGCUGCAAAAGAACCCAAACAGAAGAGAUCACCAAAAGGCUCACCAAAGAAAGGUGGAAAGAAGAGGAACCCAUGGUCAGAAUCAGAAGAAGAGGAUAGCAAUAUAAGCGACCUUUCAGACAAUGACAACGAUGGCAGCUUCCUCGGAACAUACAUUCCACGAGAAGGUCCAAGGAGAGCCGCGGCCCAAAAAAUCAAAUUCAAUGAACUUGACAGUGAAGAUGAGGAUGAAUUUGAAGAAAUGGAUCAAAGUAACGACAAAGCGCCAGAAAUUCUAGACAAAAGUGACAAUGAUGAUGAUGAUGAUUUUGGAGCUACGAAAGCUAAGUCCAAUGAUGACAACAAACCUUUCAAGCGGAAAGCGGUCAUAGAUUCUGAUUCUGAUUUUGGGCCAGGGAGCGAUCAUGAAGUUUCGACAGGGGAUAAAGAUGAUGAAUGGUUGAAAAUCACCGGACAGCAGCAGAAUACCACAUCACAGAGUACAGCCUCCAGUGCCCGUAGUACAGCCUCCAGUGAUAAGUCAAAUGACCUUGUUGCCUUUGACAUCAGUGAUGAUGAUGAUGAUGAUGAUGCUCCGAAGGAAGAGCUGUUUAAGACAACAAAACCCCUUAAGAAACCAGCGGGCGAGAAAAAGCCCGCUGCCAAAAAACCUGCAGGUGAAAAGAAGCCCCGUGCUCCUGCUAAAAAGAAGACAGAAAAGAAAGACACGAAGCAACCUUCAAUAGCCACUGCUAUGGCUAAAUCCAGCGCUGCUCAAAGCAAGAAAAAACCUCUUGUAGUCAGUGAUUCAGAUGAUUCAGAUGUUGAUUUUCCUGCUAAAAGUUCCGCUGCCCGAGAAGUGCCUAAAGAGAAGAAAGCCCCCGCCGCCAAGAAGCCAGCUAAGAAGCGUGCCAUUGUGGAUGAUUCUGACAUCUCUGAUCUUAGUGAAGAAGAGAUUAAGCCGAAGAAAUCAAAAGCUUCUAAGAAACAGAAGACGAGCGAUGACGAGUUUGAUAUUGAUCUUGACGAGGUCAUCCCGGCACCGACCAGAGGGGGUGGCCGAUCUAGGGCACCUGUCACAUACAACUUUGACGACUCAGAUUCCGACUUUGAUUGAUGUUCUUCAGUGAUAGCAGUUUCGGACAAUAUUUAUGCUCGCAACAAGUCGGGGGAAUAUAUGAUUUAGGAAAGACUCCAAGACCAUGCUGUGUGAUAACGAAUUACUCUGAAAUAUUCAUUAUUUUAGUGAUCAUUUCAUUUAUAAAUAUUGAACUAUAUAUAUAAAUUAACCUAUAAUGGCUGCCAUUUUUGACAUGGAUAUGAUACUUUCACUGUGGUCAUCAAUGUUAGUUCUGCAUGGAACUUCUCUGAACUUCUUGAUCGUAAAUGAAAAUGCUGAAGUAAAUAAUUAAAAAAAAAAAUCUUCACGCUUUAUACUAGCUUGAUGAUAUACUCAGACUUGAGACUCUAAGUUGAUAUUGGUCAUGUCUUUGAACUAUUGCUGUCUUUGAUAUUUUGAUAGUCUUAUAACAUAUUCAGAAAACAACAUCCCGUUGAAGAAUAUCAGCACCCAGGAUCUCAAGUAUUCACAAGUUACCAUAUAAGAUAACAUUUAAUUUUCUGUGUAUUGUAAGAAACCAUUUAUGUAACAGGAAACUUAGGCAGUCAUGUUUGUAUUUAUGUACAUUGAGAUUUUCUUUUACUUUUAAUAUGUUUAAUUCUCAGUGUGCUUUGUACAAAAAUUUCAUAUUUUUUAGUAAAAGUUAUUUUUAAUACACUAAUCGAAAUUUACAUAUUUUUAAUGUUCAUGAUUUUUUAGCCUACCAUAUCCCGUCUUACGCAUAAAAUUAUAUUUCAAAUUGAAUACAAUGUCAUAUCUAGUUUGUGUCACUUCAAAAGUGCUAUUUAUGACUAGUUACCAGCUGUCUGGAAGUUGUAGAUGCUUCGCGGACUCUUACGUUUUGAAUUGCUGUAUAUAAACUCUCAGAUGUAAUUAUGUGUAACUGUUUUUGAAUUUUGUGUUUUCCAUUCGUUAUGUGAUCUCUUCUAGUUCUUACAACCAUUUUCCUUUGCAACAUUGCCAUAAUGAUCAUUUGCCCUUCAACAUUCUUUUUUCCAUUUUUACUCUUAAAGAUCAUUUGCCAUGACUCAUUCGAGGGAUUAGUUGCUUUGUACAUUCAACAUUAAUCCCUUGUAUUGUUAUUGUAUUCAUGACUACACAUUUUACUGUAAUUUCUUAGCGCUUUUCACAUUUCAAUCAUUCAAUCUUUUUUUCAGAUUUUGCUGUCUAUCUUUCUUUUUUUCUGUCAUAAAUCUCGUCAUCUGCCGUAAGUCUCGUCAUCUGCCAUAAGUCUCGUCAUCUGCCAUAAGUCUCAUCAGCUGUCAGACAUGAGUCUCAUCAUCUAUCACAUAAGUCUCGUCGUACGUCAUCUUGCAGUUUAUAUGUUUUCCUAGGAUUUCCAUUCUUCCAUUCAUUAUCUGACUAAAGGUUCAUACUGUUUGAUGCUUAAGAGCCAGUUCUAUUUUUAGAUAAUAGAUAAUAGACUAAAAAGAUUCAAAGAAACGAUGACAUAAUCCUGGUUGAUAUGAGUUACAUGAUUAUAAUCAUUAUUAUUUUCUGCGUUUAAAUAUUCUUUACAUUUACUGUCCAUGGUACAUUUAUUCAUUUAUGGUGUCAAUGUAUAAUACUGUGAUCUGGUGACGCCAAUAAAUAUUAUUAAAGAACAAAAAUAUCAAAGACCAUAACUUUAUCUGCUACAGUAAUGUGUUUUUAGUCAUUGAUUUUACAUACUAGUAAUCAGUCAGCAAUACACUUUAAAUAAGACCAGAAUUAUGGGGUCACCUGGGAUCAAAACAUAACAUUACGGCCAAUGGCAUGAUAAAAUGAAAAUCUUACUGAACUAUUGAUACCUAAAGUAAAACACAACAUGACAUCCUUGUUCAAUAUCUGCCUUCCUGUACAUUCAGUGUCAUUCAUGUUGCAUAUUGUCAUGGUCCAAUAUAUGUUUAUGAUGAACACAUGAAUAAAAUAUUUAAAAUGUGA